CCUGAGGGGAUACAAGACUGGGACCAAGACAUUUAGGUCCCCAAGAGGGAGUGUGAACAUAAGUCAGAGAACUGCAUUGAGAAUCACAUUCCGGGUCCCCCAAAGGAAGCGAGUCACGGCGCCUGAGUCCCUCAGGGAGCAGAUGCUGGGUGCCAGGAGGCUAAGUCUGUGUGUCUGCAGGGCACAGCGGCUGUUGAACGGGGUUCUAAGCAGAGCAAACGCUGGGGAACAGGAUUCCUAGGUUCUGACGGGGUGAGGGCUACCACCUGGGGCCAGCAGAGGUGUAGACACGGGCAGGCUUCCCGAACGGGGUGGGAGCUGCAUGCCCGGAUGCCAUGGUCCCCACGGCGACCAGAACAGGAAAAUUCAGAACCCCUGGAUCCUCAGGGAGCAGCUGGAGUCCCAGGAACCCGGGGUGCCGAGGACGGGGCGACGAGCCUGGCCGGCAGAACCCAGAGGCUGGGGCGCCCGGGUCGGGGAGGGCCCGGGUAUUCCCGGGUCAAAGGCGCGGCGGGGGGGAUCCCCGCGCUGCCUGCGCCCCCUCCCUAGUGGCGGCGGCGGGAGGUGGGGGGAGGCGAGGCUGCCGAGCGCGCUGACCAUGGACAGCUCCAGAGCGGGCCUGUGUCCAGGGCGGCCGCCGAGCCUGCUUGGACCGUGGGACGCGGCCGGCUGUGCGAGCCCGAGGCUGGCGACGGGAGACGGAGUGUGCGAAGCGGGGACGAUGCGGACGCGCCUGGGGAGUCUGGCACCGCCGCGGCGGGUGUCUGGAGCUCCCAGGACAGGGAGACUGACAGACGGCGACGAGCGGCCAAUGGAAGAAAGCGUCGGCGCCGGCCGGCGACUAGACCCCGCCUCCACACCGGCCGGGAGGGGUCGCGCGGGCGGAGAGCGAGAGGCGGGGCAAAAGAGGCCGCCCACUGGCUCAGGCUGCGUUUCAGGACUCUGGAGGAAGGGACUUGGCCUUCGCCCUCAGACGCUCUUAAGGGUAGGCGGCGUUGUCCUCAGUUCUGCCCCAGCACUCAGACCCAGACUGGGUCCCGGCCUCCGCCCUCCGCCCUCGGACUAGUCUCUUGGAAGCCGGCCUGUCUCCGCCUUCAGACCUAGGGAGAGGUCUUAACCUCUGUUCUCAGACUCUGGAAAAGGCUUCUCGAGGGCUUGGCCUGACCUCAGCUCCUCGCAUUCCCUCCACAUCUCAAGACACCAACCCAGGGAUGCAGGACAGACACACAGACACUCAGUGAGAGUCAAAUAUCUUUAAAUAAAGUGCCAGGGACAAUAAAUACUGUACAGGAAGAGAGUGCACGUGAA